UGGCUCCAGCUCCGCCGCUCGUCACCUUUGAUCGGCGCAGAGGGAAGAAGCUUUCCGGGGAUUUAAACACGAUGAAGAUCCGAAGUCAACGGCCAACAAGUGACGUGCGACACGCAGGGCUGUGGGGGGGACUGUAACCAGCCCACCACGUCUGCGGGGGGAACUCGCCGCGCACGGAAAACGGUCACGAGUGCGCGGAAGUUUGUGUUUACUGAUGUUGUGGUAGCUAGCUGGCUGGCCCUGUUAGCUUGUUAGCGAGGGAGGUGCGCGCUGCGUGCACGGCUCAGUAUUCACAACUUAACGUGCGAGUUGGAAACUCCAUUUGGAAACUAACGUUUGAAACGUUUCGUCUGUAAUAGCGUCUGUUUGUUUGCGUGGCUGCCAAACUCCUGUAACGUUAGUGCGGGCCACGAGCUUUGAAUCUUGAGCGGUCGUGUCUCACGCGCUGAUUCGCAGAGAAAGGAAAACGCACGAUCACGCAUCGAGUCACGAUCCCGCAGGUACAGCUCACCGAGCCAUCUCCGUUUACCCCCUGGUACGAAUGACUGAUCAGGCUGACAGCUCCGGACCUCUCGACCCGUCCCCCCCUAUAGUUCAAUGUCUUCGUCCGUGAUGGGCCCCUUGCUCGGCUUGUGAGACGCGUGGAAACCGAUCGGAAGUCUAUUACCAUGGGAGGAUGUGUCGGGAGAUACUGGGAGGGCUGGGAGGACACACACAGCCGAGGGUCGUCCAGGAACGGGGGGCGAGGAGGACGUAAUGAGCCUCUAAAGAAAGAGAGGCCCAAGUGGAAGAGCGACUACCCGAUGACGGAGGGCCAGCUGCGGAGCAAGCGGGACGAGUUCUGGGACACAGCGCCGGCAUUCGAGGGCCGUAAAGAGAUCUGGGACGCCCUGAAAGCCGCAGCUGUGGCGCUGGAGUGCAAUGACCACGAGCUGGCCCAGGCUAUAGUGGACGGAGCCAGUAUCACACUGCCACACGGUACUCUCGGAGAGUGUUACGAUGAACUCGGGAACCGCUACCAGCUGCCCGUCUACUGCCUGGCUCCACCCAUCAACCUCAUCUCAGAACGCAACGACGAUGACCCCAGCGACAGCCCCGAACCCACCGUAGCCCCCAAAAAGGAAUUCCAGCUCAAGGUACGACUGUCCACAGGUAAGGACCUGCGCCUCAGCGCCAGCAUGUCUGACACCAUCGGGCAGCUCAAGAAGCAGCUGCAGGCCCAGGAGGACAUUGACGCCACCCACCAGCGCUGGUUCUUUUCCGGCAAGUUGCUCACGGACAAGUCGCGGCUGCAGGACACCAAGAUCCAGAAGGACUUUGUCAUCCAGGUCAUUGUCAACCCACAGGCCCUCCAAGCCCUCCAAGCCCCCAAGCCCUCACCCCCCUCACCCCCCCCAAGUGAAUAACGAAGAACAAAGGGGGGACGAUGCAGUGGGUGGCCGACACGAGCAGAGCGGAGGUGCCUCUGAAUGCUGGAUUGAGAUAGAACUGAACUGUGGAGGUGCGUAAAAAAAUCGACAUGAGGGAGAAACUCUUAAGUGCUGCUUUCUUUUAUCUAUCAC